AUGGUAGACAGGAAGAGAAACUCUUCAGUGAUAUCAGAUAAUGAAGAGAAUGGGCGUGUAGAUAAAAAAACAAAGAUAAAGGAUGAGAUAGAAGGUGAUGAAGUGGAGAGGGACGUGAAGAACGAAGAGGCUAAUGGAGCUGAUACAGACGACAAGGAAGAAGUUAGAAAGGACAACGAAGAAGAAAAUGCGGAAAAUGGAGGUGGCGAGGGCGAUGAUGAUGACGACGACGAUGAUGAAGCAGAAGAAGAAAAGAAAAGAACGACGACGUUCAACUUUGAUGGGGUUACAUAUUCGUUUAAAGAGCGGCCGUCUGUGCUUGAAGAAAAGGAAGGUAAGAUCGAGUUUCGGGUGGUGAAUAAUGAUAACACGAAGGAGAGUUUAAUGGUGUUGACGGGAUUGAAGAAUAUCUUUCAAAAGCAGUUACCCAAGAUGCCGCGAGAAUAUAUAUCGCGGUUGGUGUAUGACAGAUCGCACUUAUCUAUGGCAGUGGUUCGUAAGCCGCUAACAGUUGUUGGGGGCAUAACCUAUCGUCCUUUUGAUAAUAGGGAGUUUGCAGAAAUUGUUUUCUGUGCGAUUUCUUCGACUGAACAGGUUCGAGGUUACGGUGCACAUUUGAUGAAUCAUUUGAAGGACUACUGCCGGGCCACUUCAAAUGUGAAAUAUUUCCUUACAUAUGCAGAUAAUUAUGCCAUUGGAUAUUUCAAGAAACAGGGCUUCAAUAAAGAAAUCACACUAGAUAAAUCUGUCUGGAUGGGUUAUAUCAAGGAUUAUGAAGGAGGUACACUCAUGCAGUGUUCAAUGUUACCGCCAAUUUUGAGGUAUUUGGACCUGGCAAAGAUUCUAUUAUUGCAAAAAGCCGCGAUAGAGAAAAAGAUAAAGCUCAGAUCAAAGGCCCACGUAGUAAGGCCGGGAUUGCAGGUUUUCAAAACAAAUAAGGAUGCAAAGCUCAACCCAGCGAAGGAUAUUCCUGGGUUAGCAGAGAGUGGGUGGCUGGAGGAAAUGGACAAAUUGGCGCAGAAGCCGAAGCGUGGCCCUCAUUAUAACUUUAUGGUGACGCUAUUGUCAGAGUUGACUAACCAUCCAUCUGCAUGGCCAUUUUCGACUCCAGUAAACAAAGAAGAAGUUGGUGAUUACUACGAUGUCAUCAAAGAACCAAUGGAUUUAUCAACUAUGGAACUGAAAUUAGAAAAUGAUAAGUAUGAUUCAUUUGACCAAUUCUUAUAUGAUGCCAGGUUGAUUUUCAACAACUGUCGCUCUUAUAAUGCUGAUUCUACGACUUACUUCAAAAACGCUACCAAAUUAGAAAAAUUCAUGAACAACAAAAUCAAAGACAGUGCUGAGUACUCACACUUCCUUGAUCAGUAA